ACUGUUUCCCUGGGUCCCAACCGGCUCUGAUCAGUCUUGAACCCACCAUGACCAUUAUCUCUGGAACCAAUGACCAGGACUUUAGCAACCUGAGCCUGAGCGACAACAGCAGCCUCAACCAGAAAAUCACCAGCACCCAGGAGACCCAAACCAUCAAAGGGAGCUACUACAAAAGAGCCCAGAGAAUAUACAACCAGAACCAGCUGUACACUGUCGACCAGGAGAACCAGAUCCUUAUCAACGUGGGGGGCAACAGAUACACCAUCCCCUGGAGCACCUUGGACGAGUUCCCUCUUACAAGACUGGGAAGGCUGAAGUUCUGCAGCAGCUACGACGAGAUCAUCCAAGUGUGUGACGACUACGAUGAGAAAGCCAAUGAAUUCUUCUUCGACCGGAGCCCCUCUGCCUUCAGGAUCAUUUUGAACUUCCUGGCAGCCGGGAAGCUGAGACUGCUGCAGGAGAUGUGUGCCUUGUCCUUCCAUGAGGAGAUGACCUACUGGGGCCUGGAGGUGACCAGCAUGGAACGCUGCUGCAAAAGGAAGCUCUACACAAUGCUGGAGGACGUGGAUGGGAACCAGAAAAAGGAGGAGGCUCGCAGAUACAAGAAGAAGGAGCACGUCCUGGUGGAAUCCACCAGAUUUGGGAUUUAUAUGAACAAGCUGAGGAACAUGGUGGAGAACCCUCAGUCUGGUCUCCCAGGGAAGGUGUUUGCUUGCCUUUCCAUCUUUUUUGUGGCCACCACGGUUAUAAGCCUUUGCAUCAGCACCAUGCCGGACUUCAGAGAAGAGGAGGAGAAGGGCGAAUGUUCUCAGAAGUGUUUCUACAUGUUCAUCGUGGAGACGGUCUGUGUGGGUUGGUUCUCCCUGGAAUUUAUUCUCCGCUUCAUUCAGGCCAGGAGCAAGCUGGAUUUCAUCCAAGGGCCACUGAACAUCAUCGACGGCAUGGCCAUCCUGCCCUACUACGUCUCCUUGAUAGUGGGGGAUGAGCAGGACACAACGGACAGACCAGGAGGAAAGGGCUACCUGGAGAAGGUGAGUCUGGUGCUGAGACUCCUUCGGGGGUUGAGGAUUUUGUAUGUCAUGAGGCUGGCCCGACACUCCCUGGGGCUGCAGACCCUGGGCCUGACUGUGAGGCGCAGCAUAAGAGAAUUCGGGCUGCUGCUGCUCUUUCUAUGUGUGGCCGUCACUCUCUAUUCCCCUUUGGUGUUCCUGGCAGAGAGCGAGAUAACCAAGGGGCAGGACUUCACCAGCAUUCCGGCUUCCUAUUGGUGGGCCAUCAUCUCCAUGACGACGGUUGGCUACGGGGACAUGGUGCCAAGGAGUAUUCCAGGCCAGGUGGUGGCUCUAAGCAGCAUUUUGAGUGGGAUUUUAAUCAUGGCAUUUCCUGCCACCUCUAUCUUCCACAUGUUCUCCAGAUCAUACAUGGACCUGAAGGUGGCGCAGGAGAGGUUACUGAAGGAGGAAAGACGCGAGGAUGAGAACGAAAUGUUUAAUGAUGAGGAUAGUUUAGAGUCUGAGUAAUCAAAAUCCCUUUUGGAAUACAAUAUUGGAAAAAACUGAAUAGGAAAUUGCUUUGUAAGAAGUGCAAACAGACUUCCGCACAUUCCCAAAGGGCAGGGAACAAUUUGAAAGGCUGGCUCUGAACUGUGUUAUAAGGAUUUUGUUGUAUUGAGAAUUAAAUUACAAGAUGUAACUCAUACCAAAUUAGAGGAAUAUUAUCUGAAAUGUAUGAUAGUUUAUAAUAAUAUUCACAGACAACCAUUCUCUAUAGCAGUAUUUUAACUUUAAUCUGUUUUACACCUACUGCUUUCUUGAGUCUUGCAAUAAAGAAUGUACAUUAGCCAGAAAUCAAAUGUUUCUGUCACUUGAUAAUUCAAUUGUUUGCAGUGAAUUCAAGGCAGUCAAGAUGUUAUAUAUGCA